AUGUUCCUUAAGAACGGAUUGUGCUACCGCAUCCUUCGCCAUCCGCACACCACGGUCAUCGGCUACGAGAACCACAACAAGCUUGCCUGGGUGCAGCGCAUGGUGCAGACGACGGCGCCGGAGGAGACGGCCCUGGCGCUGAGCGUGAUCUCGGACAACAUCUCGGCGUCCACCACGCUGGCGUCGCUGUGCAUCGCGCUGGGCUCGCUGAUCGGCGCGUGGGUGAGCAGCAACACCUCGGAGCCGCUCACCGGCGCCGGCCAGCAGGCGACGGGGAUGGCAUCGGCCAAGUUCACGUCGCUGCUCGUCUGCUUCCUGGCCUCCUUCGCCUGCUUCAUCCAGUCCGCGGGGCACUACGUGCACGCCAGCUUCCUCAUGACCGCGCUGGGGUCGGACGCGCCGGCGAGCCACGUGCAGCGCGCGGUGAUCCGGGGCGGCAACUUCUGGGCGCUGGGGCUCCGGGCGCUCUACUUCGCCACGGCGCUGCUCAUGUGGGUGUUCGGCCCGGUGGCCAUGCUCGCCUGCUCCGUGCUCACGGUGGUCGUGCUGCACCUGCUCGACACCAGCUCCAUGCCGCUGCACCACCACCAGUUCGUCAGACAGAACGAGCGGCACCAGGGGAGCCAGAGCGCCCACCGCUCCGAACCCGGGGCUCCAUAGCGCGGUCCCGGUGUUCUCGCCGGCACCGUAUCUCAGGUGACGGAGGAGAGAGUUUCUGGUGUAUGAUGUUCAAAGAUUUCUU